AUUUAUUUAUACAAACCGAACAUAAAAUCUUUUUGUAUGUCUCAUCUCAAGCAUGAACGUUCUUCAGCUUUUUGCUGUUCUAGUGUUCUUUAGAUUUGCAUUUGUUCAUGGCACAACAAUGACUACAAGAAAGCACUACAUAGUCUACAUGGGGCAUCACUCACAUCCUAAUGUAGAGUCCGUUAUCUCAGCUAAUCACAACAUGCUUGCUUCAGUCAUUGGCAGCUUGGAUGGAGCAAAAAAAGCAUCAGUUCAUCAUUACACGAAAAGUUUCAGAGGCUUUUCUGCCAUGCUCACCCCUGAUCAAGCUCAAGACCUCGAAGAAAAUGAUUCAGUUGUUUCUAUCUUCGAGAGUAGGACGAACCAAGUCCACACAACAAAUUCCUGGAACUUUCUCAGGGUAGACAAGAUUAAGCAAUACAAUCAACUACCAAUGGACUUAAAAUCCGAUACAAUUGUUGGUGUUAUUGAUACCGGGGUGUGGCCAGAAUCCGAGAGCUUCAAUGAUCACGGGUUAGGCCCUGUGCCCACAAAGUUUAAGGGUGAAUGUGUAACUGGGGAUAACUUCACAUUAUCCAACUGCAACAGGAAAAUCAUUGGAGCUCGUUUUUACUAUGGUGGAAUAGAGGCAGUAUUUGGGCCUCUUGAGAAAUCCAAACGUACUUUUUUCCGCUCAGCCAGAGAUAGUGAUGGACAUGGAACUCAUCUUGCCUCUACCGUGGCUGGGUCAAUGGUGGAAAAUGCCAGUUACUAUGGAAUAGGUAAGGGUACCCUGAGGGGAGGUGCACCAAGUGCUAGACUUGCCAUCUAUAAGGCUUGCUGGUUCGGCAUCUGCAUUGAUGCAGAUGUUUUAUCCGCCAUGGAUGAUGCCAUUGAUGAUGGUGUAGAUAUCAUGUCUCUUUCUUUUGGCCCAUCUCCACCUCUGCGUGACUAUUUCAUGGAUCCGGUUUCAAUAGGAAGCUUCCACGCGUUUCAGAAAGGAAUUUUUGUCUCUGCUUCAGCAGGAAAUGGCCACUUUCCAGGUAGUGUAGCUAAUGUUGCACCAUGGAUCAUGACUGUUGCUGCAAGCUCCAUGGACCGAGUACUGCAAUCGUUUAUAUAUCUGGGAAAUUCAAAGAUCAUAAAGGGAACGGGUGUAAACCCUCCAACAGAGUCUACGAAAUUCUACAGUUUAAUAGCUGGAAGUUUUGCAGCAUUCCCAGGCAUUCCCCCACAGAAUGCAAGCUAUUGCAAAAACAAUACUCUAGACCCUUCUUUAGUUAAGGGGAAGAUUGUGAUUUGUGCUAUGGAAUCAGCUGCUGAUGCAAGGGCAGAAAAAGGUCUUUUUGUAAUACAAAAUGGUGGUGUUGGAAUAAUAAUAAUUGAUCCAGCUGCAAAAAGUGAUGCCUUCCAGAUACAAAUCAAGGCUAUUUUUAUUGAUCUUGAAGAAGCAAAAGAGCUUCUUGCCUACAUUGCCGCAGAAAGGAAUCCGAUAGCUAGAAUCUCCCAAACAAGGACACUUCUCAUGACAGAACCAGCCCCCGAAAUAGCUGAAUUCUCCUCAAGAGGUCCAAACACCUUAACUCCUGAUAUAAUCAAACCUGAUAUUACAGCACCAGGGAUCAAUAUUUUGGCUGCAUGGUCUCCAUUAGCCAUAGAAUCCGCUGGUGGACGAUCAGUAGACUACAACAUAUUAUCUGGUUCGUCUAUGUCGUGUCCACAUGUGUCUGCAGUCGCGGCCAUCAUAAAAUCCUGUCAUCCUUCUUGGAGUCCUGCAGCAAUUAAAUCUGCACUAAUGACAUCAGCAACAUCUGUUGAUAAUUCUCAUGAUUUAAUCGGAAGAAUUUCCAGUACUACACAUGCCACGCCUUUCGAAUAUGGAUCAGGGCACAUAAAUCCAGUUGCAGCACUAGAUCCUGGACUAAUAUACGACUUUACAAUCACAGAUGCAGUGGACUUCCUCUGCAGCAAUGGUGCUAAUUCUAGUCAACUCAUGAACCUUACAGGCGAACAAAUUUAUUGCAAGAACCAACCAAUACCUUCAUAUGAUCUAAACUAUCCAUCAAUAGGGGUCUCCAAGAUGAAAGGAAGUUUAUCCAUAUGGCGAAAAGUUACUUAUGUUGGAAAAGGCCCUUCAGUUUAUGUUUCCCAACUGGAUUAUCCAAGUGGGGUGCAUUUUACAGUUGUACCUAAGGAGCUCAAAUUUUCAACAACUGGGGAGGAGUUAUCUUAUAGAAUAGAUUUCAAGGCUCACAAGAGCAGCAAUGGAAGUUUUGUUUUUGGUGCAUUAACUUGGAGUAAUGGAAUCCACAGAGUUAGAAGUCCUAUCAGUCUCAAUGUUGUUUCUGUGUAAAAUUUACCAAUUUCAGAGCUCUAUCAGAUUCAGAAUGUUUCUGUGUGAGAAGAUCAUUUCCUGUUUAUUCUAUUGAUUAAGCUGCCAAUUUUCAGAUUACAACAUGCCAUGGAGUAAUGUUUGUUUGUUGAAUAGUUAUAAGCUUUAUAAAAAAGUCAGAAUUAUAA